AAAAAACAAUAAAUUAAAUAAAAAAUAGCGCAUGCAAAAAAUAUUUGCACGUCCGAUUGUUUAACGGUUCUUUUGCAAAAUCUCAACAAUUGUUGGCGCAAAAUGUCUCCCAGCGAAAGAUAACGGUCGCGCAGCAUGACUCCAGUUACAGUAGAAGACAGUCGGAAAAUAUUUACACAGUGACUAACUCAAAGUCAAUGCCUUUAUAGGCAGCCCACUGGUUCCAGCUAAGUAGGCAAGCAAUCCUACAAACAUUUAUAAGUUAUCAAGCGCUGGAAAGCGCUUAAACGACGCACUAGGGUAGCCGAUUGUCAUUGACCCUGCGUAUGGUGUUUGCAAAAUUUCUGACCCAAUUUGCACACACAGCUGGAUGGUAAUUUCUCAGCGCUACACUUGACCUCAUUUCCUGCCGAGGUAAGCAAAUACAAAACAAACGCAUAUUCCAAGGCAAGACAACAAAGCUGUUUCUAAUGUUCGAUCCAACUGUAUAAGAAUUCGACGUCUAUAAAAGUCGCAUACAUUCUUUGGCUAGCAUAUAGUUUAUGUGUGGUCUUGUUCGAGUGCUAUUUGAAAACAUAUUCCAAAAAUUUUUUUAAUUUACAAAAAUAUGUACCUACUGCUUAGCUUGGUCUGUCUCGGCGCAAUCGUCAUAGAACCCGUUGCCGCCGGUACGCGUAUUAUAGGCGGUAACUUUGCGCUGCCCGGCCAGUUUCCGCACCAGGUCUCAUUACAGCUGCGUGGACGUCAUCAUUGCGGUGGUUCACUCAUAUCGCCGACUAUGAUUGUCACUGCCGCCCAUUGCACGAUCGGUCAGAGUCCUGCGCAAAUGCGCGUCAUCGCCGGCACUGUGGAUUUGCUCACCCGUAACGGCAAAUCCUUUGAAAUUGACAAAUUCAUUAUACAUCCACAAUAUAAUCGACAGACGCAGGACUACGAUCUUUCGCUCAUACAACUGAGCGCGCCGGUGACGAUGGAUGAUAAUAUCGACGUGAUUGAAUUGGCAGAUACGGAGGCAAAUCACGCGGCUGACACGGUUGCCACUAUUAGCGGUUUUGGUGCCAUCAAUGGUAAUCUGGAGCUGCCCAAUCGCUUGAAGUAUGCACGCGUACAGUUGUGGAGUCGUGACUUCUGCAAUCCAAAGAAUAUACCCGGUAUUACGGAUCGUAUGGUUUGUGCUGGUCAUCCAAGUGGUCAAGUUAGCGCUUGCCAAGGCGACUCUGGCGGCCCAUUGACAGUUGACAACAAACUCUUCGGUGUCGUUUCGUGGGGCUUCGGUUGUGGCGCAGCUGGUAAACCGGCUAUGUACACCUAUAUCGGUGCACUACGCUCUUGGAUCAAACAGAACUCAGGCAUUUAAUUUGAAAUACGUUAACUGGGUGGGGUAGAUGGAAACGGAAGCAUUUGAGAACAAUUCAAGUAUUAAUAAGAAAUGAAAAAUAAAGUCCUACUUACAAAAAUAUA